UUUUUUGAAAAAUAUUUUCUACUCACUCUGAGAAAAUAAGUAGAAAACCACAAAACUUUUUCCCGGAAAAUAUUUUCCAUCAUACCUAACACAUCCAUAAACAUAUAUUAUUUUACUAUAUUUUCUCUCAUCCAUCUCUUUUCUCACCUUCUUUGAUCAUCAUCUCUCUGCUUCUCCGAUUGGUUCAGUUGAUGCAACAGAACCAUUACGAUAUUCUAAUAUUUGACGGUCUUGGUGAAGUAUCCAUGAGUUCUCAGACCGUUAAUACAGUUGAAGACAUUUUUGACUCAUCAUUGAAUCUAGAGGACACUCAUUACAAAGAAGGAUACUCGGAAGGCUAUACGGAUGGUCUAAGUUCUGGUAAAGAUGAAGGCAACCAGGUAGGGCUCAAAACGGGGUUCGAAGUAGGCGAAGAAUUAGGGUUUUACAGAGGUUGUAUUGAAGUCUGGAAUGCUGCAAUCCUAGUUGAACCAACCUGUUUCUCAUCCCGAGUGCAGAAAAACAUCAAACAGAUGGAUGAAUUGCUCCGUAAAUACCCCUUCCCUGAUCCAGAGAACGAGUCCGCCACUGAUACUAUUGAUUCUUUGAGAUUGAAAUUUAGAACUAUUAGUGCAACCCUGAAUAUUAGACUGGAGUAUGAUGGGUACCCCAAAGCCUCUACAAUCGAUAAGUCCGGAUUCUAAUUGAUUUAAUCAUCAAUGGUCUGAUCAGGUACUUCACUUGUAGACAAUAUAAAUUCUAGUAGAUGAGUGAUGUCUAUAAGCAUUAAUGAUCUAUGAUUUGUGUAAGCAUUGAUUUCUGAUAGUGCAAAUAGACUGAAGAAAUAACAUUUCCUGAGAAGCACAUUUUACUUCUUCGUAAUCCUUUUUAGAAAUCGAAUGGAUUUGGUCUUAUCCA